UCUUUCGCGGCCAUAUUCGAAAACAUUCCCGCAUGGAAAAAUAUGACUGCGGCUUCAUUGAAAGUUUUGACUGCUCGUAGUUGAAAACUGAACUGCUAUUAUCAUAGAUCAACCAAGAUGGCACUCCCACCAGAAAAGAUUUCAGAGUUGAAACAAAUCAUUCAUUCGCAGCUAUCGCAGAUGGAUGUACAAAAUCGUAUCCGAGACAUAAUAUCUGAGUCAAUUCAAGAUGAGUAUCCAGGACGAAUGGAUCAGGUUGGGGAGGAGGAGUUGCUGCAAAAACUCAAACAGCGAGGACUAGUUGAUGACAUUCUCCAGAAGCUUCAGUUUGAUAGCAGUGGUGGUGCCAACAAUGGUCGUCCCGCUACACACUUUCAGGAUAAGGAUGACAAACUUACGCAGUUACCUUCUAAAAAAGCAAAUAUCGAUCCUACACGACGUUAUCUGUAUUUCCACAUUCGUGCUGGGAAGGCUUUCCUGGAGCAUAUUGAGGACACUGACCCUGUUCCCGGCCAGGUAACCUCCCACUUCACCUUCCACUUGUACUUCCGUGGGCAGAGAUUCCGUUCACGACCUGUACCAUGUGCCUGUGAGCCAAGCAUUGAUGAGGGAUUUCUUCUAGAGUUACAUAAAGAGUCAGCAGGAGAAGCAGCCAAGAUGGCCGACCCUUCAUCCAUGCUUUCUAUAUCUGACCCUGUCCACCUGGUGCUUAUUAAGACAGACAUGAUAGGGGAGACAAGUCUGGUUUCCUCGCACUUCUUUGAGUGGCGUCCAGUCCUGGCAGCAUCAGGGGGAAGACUAUCCAUGUCAUUAGAGCUGAAGGGCAUUGGAAGUGAGAGUAAAGUAGCUGCAGGGGUGCUGGAAAUUUUGGUGGAGCUGUUCCCAAAAGCUCAAAAAUCCAUUGGUCAGGAUAUACUAACAGCACAACUGACCAUGGAGAGGAAUCGGCAGGCAGAAAGGGAACGUCUCUUUCUUGUCUAUGCUAAGCAGUGGUGGAAAGAAUAUCUCCAGAUACGACCCGAACAUAGCGAUAGACUUGUCAAGAUCUUUGCUCAGGAUGAGAAUGCCACAAACCGACCUGUGUGCUCAUUUGUAAAGCCGUUAAGAGCCGGACGACUGCUUGACACGGCACGGCACGCAGCUCGCUUCGUCAGUCUCAUCCACCACGAGCGCAUACAAAUGCUUGGAGGAGGUUCCCGUACAGAGCAGUGGACCAACAUGCACGCCUUCAUGUGCAGGAACAAGGGGGACACAGAAGACCAUGCCACACUGCUGUGUAGUCUCCUUCUGGGAUUUGGACUGGAUGCGUAUGUAUGUGUGGGGACCAAGGCUAAGGGAGCUGUGGUAGCCUGGGUAAUGGCCAUUACAGUUGACGGCCAAAUCACAUUCUGGGAGAGUCUUAACGGACACAGAUACUUACAUGUACCCAUAGACCCCAAUGCCCCACCAUUAGACAAACAGCACCGCCCAAAGUACCCUUACAAGACUGUGGGUUGUGUGUUUAAUCACCAGUCAUUCUACGCCAACAGUCAGCCAAUGGACUCUGUUGAGGUGUGUAUAUUUGACCUGAAAAAUGAGUCAAGAUGGAAGUCAAUGUCACAGGAUGCCAUUCUGUCGGUUUGCGGUCCUGGCGCUAGCCCUCAGUGGCCUUCCCUGCCACCUCUUUGUGCCUCUAACCUUGACCCAUCCCUCGUCAGUAACGACCUUGAACAGCAGCUCCGCCUUCUCACCUUUGAACACCGCAGGGACCAGGGUUUGACGACGGCCUGGGAUGACCAGCUUAGCUACCUCCUUACCCCUGCGUUGUCAGCAUAUGAAAUGGAAAGAGUCACAGGACUGACGGCUGGUAAUGAGGAAUUUCAAGACUCUAUCAAACAGGCCGUGCCGGACGGUCACACGUUCAAAGGUUUCCCAAUACAAUUCUCUCACCGCAACGCACGCAAGGCAUUUGUCACAUGUCUCAAAUCUCCAGUCUGUGAGGAGAUCAUUAAUUGCCGUGGUGAUCACGUUCGGCUGGCUGUGCGAGUGCGGAUCUAUCCCUACCCUGAGUCUGCAUGUGCUACCUGGGUCAUGUUUGCCGCCAAAUACAAGUCGAUACUUUAAUAUGUGUUAAUGAGCUCAAAUCUGUGUCGGACAACAGCGAUAUGAAAAUAUCAGCAAACUAAAGGAAUCAAUGAUGAACUGAUGCCAGGUUUAAUGGUGAAGUCAGUAUCUGUUAGCUGUUAAUCUGUUAGAUUGAGAGAGCGUACCAGAAAGUGAUUUAGGCGUUUGAUGACAACAUUUCAGUGUAAGAGCUCUAACUAGAGAUUAAAUGAAGGCUGUUUUCAAGUAUAGAUUUUGAUUUCAGGAUGUUCAAGUUUCUACCUAUUUUGUUAAGAUGGGAUACAUACACGAACAUAUCUGUCACAACUGCUGUAUCCGGGACAACGGAGAAACACACAUUGAAUACUUGGUCAGUUAUGAGUUCUGGCAAUUUCUAUGCACGUUAUUUUGUGUUACUGAAAUGUUAUUGACCAUGACGAAUGAGAUGUUUUGAGUACAACGUUCUUGUGAAGUGUACAACCUUUGAGCAUUUCAUUUAUGAUGAAUAUUACGAUGAACCAGUGAUGGAAGUGUAAAAUGUUUGGAGUGCUACCUUUAGAUUAGGGCGGUGUAUGGUUGUGUAAGAUAUCCGGGUGCUACAUAUUGAAUUAGGGUGGUGUUUGGUUGUGUAAGCUUAGUGUAACAUAUUGCAAUACGGCAGUGUUUGGUUGUGUAAGGCUUUCGAGUGCUACAUAUUGCAUUAGGGCUGUGUAUGGUUGUGUAAGUUGAGUGCUAUAUAUUACAUUAGGGCGGUGUAUGGUUGUGUAAGAUGAGUGCUAUAUAUUGCAUUAGGGCUGUGUAUGGUUGUGUAAGAUGAGUGCUAUAUAUUACAUUAGGGCGGUGUAUGGUUGUGUAAGAUGAGUGCUACAUAUUGCAUUAGGGCAGUGUAUGGUUGUGUAAGAUGAGUGCUACAUUUUGCAUUAGGGCGGUGUAUGGUUGUGUAAUAUGAGUGCUACAUAUUGCAUUAGGGCGGUGCAUGGUUGUGCAAGAUGAGUGAUAUAUAUUGCAUUAGGGCGGUGUAUGGUUGUGUAGUUAGUUGAUCAUGCAGUAAGUGAUAGUGUUGGUCUGAAUGAUUGUGACAAGAAGCAUCACAAUUUCCAGUAAAUAUGUGAUAUAACUUGUAAAUUAGAAUUUCCUGCAAAUAUGUGAUAUUACAAUGUAACUUGGUACUAUACACUGUAUAAACUCUAUGUAUAUAUUAGGACAGCUACCUAGCUUCUGUUAAUGUUCUGUUUUUAUGUUUUGGAAGUCAACAUUUUUCUACAACUAGUUCCAGUAAAGUUGAUUGUAGUAACAAUCUCCUAUACCUCAGGAGAUAACUAAUCCUUGUUAUACAGCCCUCUCACAAGCGUGUGGGACAUUUCUCUUACCCUGGACAGGUGUAUCCGCACAUUUCCUUGUGUGAGAUAUCCUCGGCUCACCUUAUGGUUGAGACGAAAAGAUUCUUAUAUUCAUAACAACUGUAUGACGUCAUGUCAACGAUGUGUUGUUGUCUCGUCAUCAAUGUGAUGACCCUGCAACUUCAGCAUUUCAGAUAUGACAGGGCCAACACUAGAACAGGGAAAAAGAAGAAGAAUCAAUCGCCCCUUUUGGUAAAAUGAUGGGAAUCUCAACCCUUUGGGGGAAAUUCUUAAGUUGCCCAACACUCUGCAAGCCUCCUGUUUAGCAUCUUCAAAAUCUUCUCCCUCUGGUUGAGAUCCCUUAUCUAAUGCCCAAGGGGUGAAUGGUCGUAUGUGAGACAUCACAAUAAAACUCGGCAUUGUGUGAUUUAGUAACCAGGUGACAUCACGCUAUAGCUUGAAGGCUGGCAAAAACACAAUGAGGGUUGAUUAAAAGUGCCACUAUAUAUUGUCUGGUCAGUUGAUGAUGCUAAUAUAUAUACUGACCUAUGGAUCCGUGAUAGUUAUGUUAAUUAUCCAAAGUUGAACCGAAAGAUAGAGUAAUAAUUCCAUGAUUCCCUCCAUUAGUUAUUUUUUAUUUUUUAAGCCAAGCUUAUUCGUUUUCGUUAAGUAGCAGAUUUAGUCGUUAUUAUAAUAACUGGGUGAGAAAUGGUCCUUGUACUAUUCAAAUCAGUAAUGCAAAGUAUGCAUUUAUUUUUAUAUAAAUUGUUUCACAUUAUGUAUAGUAUUUGGUUGUUUUAAAGAAAACAUCAGAUUAAAUUUUUAUUUCUUUUAUGUUACAGUGCCAGUAAAAUAGAAUAAAUUGUGGUGACACUUAA